AUGGAAAACCAGAACCGAAGUUGGAUGUAUGAUAGAACAUAUGAUCAGAGGCGGGGUCUUAAACCCAGUUUUAUUAAAGGGGUAAAUGAAUUUGUGGAUGUGUGUACUAGAACUCAUGAAUUUCUCAGAGGAGGUUUAGUUAGGUGUCCAUGUGCCAGAUGUCAAUGUGGGACGUUUAAACAGUUGAUCGACAUUAAGAUUGAUCUAUAUACUCAUGGGUUUAAACCUAAUUAUUGGGUUUGGACAGAGCAUGGAGAAGAGAUACCCACAGAGAAUCAGAUUAGGAUAGAAGAAGAUAUUGAAAGUAGCUCUGAAUUAGGUGGUGUUACAUGGGAAGAAAAUUUUGAUCGUUAUCAUGAGAUGGUUGUCGAUGCUUUGCAACCUGAGUUUCACAUGUACAUGCAACCAACAGUGGAGGAACCAAAUCGAGAUGCCAAGAGAUUUUAUGACCUCUUAGAUUCAGUUAGUAAACCCUUGUGGGAAAAUUGUAUCCAUUCACGAUUGUCACUUGCUAGUAGGAUGCUGAGUAUAAAAUCAGAGGGAAACCAAUUUCAGGGAUCUUUUGACCAGUGGGCAACUUUGUUUAGAGAAAUGCAAACAACUCCAAAUGAAAUUCCUGCUAAUUACUAUGAAGCUAAGAAAAUUGUUUCCCAACUUGGGUUUAAGGAGGUUAAGAUAGAUUGUUGUGUCAAUGGUUGUAUGAUAUAUUACAAAGAGGACAAAGAUCUUAGACAAUGUAAAUUUUGUGGGGAGCAGAGAUUUAAGCCUAGGAAGGGAAAAAAUAAAGAGGUGCCAUAUAAAAGAAUGCAUUAUUUGCCAUUGAUUCCAAGGCUACAAAGGUUGUAUGCAUCAAUGAGUACUGCCCCUCAUAUGUUGUGGCAUCACCAAAAUCGCAGAAAUGACGACGUGAUGACACAUCCUUCCCAUGGUGAAGCAUGGAAACAUUUUGAUACCAACCAUCCUCAUUUUGCAAGCGAACCGCGUAAUGUUAGACUUGGACUUUGUUCUGAUGGGUUUUCUCCUAAUGUUCAUUUUAGCACACCGUACUCUUGUUGGCCUGUUAUAGUUACCCCUUAUAACCUUCCACCUCAUAUGUGUAUGAAAGACCCUUUUUUGUUCCUAACGUGCAUCAUACCCGGAAAAGAAAAUCCCAAAGCAAAAAUUGAUGUUUAUCUUCAACCAUUGAUAGUUGAACUUAAAGAGUUAUGGGAUGAAGGCGUCCUAACAUACGACAUUCAUAGCAAGAGGAAUUUUCAGUUAAAGGCUGCAUUAAUGUGGACAAUUAACGAUUUUCCUGCUUAUGGAAUGUUAUCUGGUUGGAGUACGGGGGGAAGAUUAGCGUGUCCAGUAUGCAUGGAGGAUACCAAGGCCUUUUGGUUAGAUUAUGGCGGAAAGAAUUCGUGGUUUGACUGUCACAGGAGAUAUUUACCUGAAGGUCAUCCUUAUAGGCGUAAUAAAGUUGGUUUUAAGAAGAAUGUUGAGGAGGAUGAAGGACCUCCUAUUAGGCUUAGUGGCGAACAGAUCUGGGAAAGAGUUAGACACUAUCCUAAAAUAGUUGACACAGGAGGACAAGUGAGAUUGACCGGAUAUGGAGUGGAACACAAUUGGACCAAAAGGAGUAUAUUUUGGGAUCUCCCAUAUUGGAAAGAUCAUUUGGUUCGUCAUUGUUUGGAUCUAAUCCAUACUCACUCGUUGGGUCAUCAUCUGACACGACUGCUCCAACCAAUGGGAGACCGCCACCUAUUGCUACUACUACCCCCUCCCUUCAGGAGCCUCAGAUACAAAUGA